GGAAGUAGUAGUUCCACAACAAAGGCGGCUUCCUGUGCGUGCGCUCUUGUGCUGUCAUAGGCGUAAGGUAGAAGAUUUAGCUGUUUUAUUUCCCAUUUUUAAUGAAAACGGUUCCUUAAAGUUGAAUGGUUGGUCUAACGCCGCAGAGGUGCGGCUUUGUGCAGAAGUUUGUCUGCGCAUGUGCGGCAGCAGCGCCUCUGGCUCAGUAGCUGUGGCUGUGUGGGCGCUGUGAAGGGCAUGCUGCGGCCAGCGCUGCUCCGCGCUGGGCGCUCCCUGCGCCUCCCGACCCUGGCCGCCCAUCUGCCGGCUUCAUGCGGGCUGUCCCCGGCGUGGGGGACGUCUCCUGUCCGCCCGCUGCAGCUGAGCUCCGCCCUGUGCGCCGGACACAACAAGUGGUCAAAGGUGAAACACAUCAAGGGACCGAAGGACGAGGCGAGAGCAAAAACUUUCAUGAAGUUGGGGAUGUUGAUGAGGAUAGCUGUUAAGGAAGGUGGGUCUAACCCGGACCUGAAUAUAAACCUAGCCCACUUAGUGGAGCAGUGCAGGAGCAAGAACAUGCCCAAAGCAUCCAUAGACGCAGCAAUCAAGAGUGCGGAAAAGGCCAAACCGGCGUCCCAGCACAUGUUCGAAGCCCGGGGUCCCGGCGGGUGUCUGCUGCUCGUCGAAGUUCUGACGGACAACAACUCACGGACUCUGCAGGACAUCAAACGCCUGCUCAACAAGAACGGGGGGAUGCUGUCCGACGGGGCUCGUCACAACUUCAACCGGCGGGGGGUGGUGGUGGUGCCUGGUCACAGCGUCUCUGCGGAGAGAGCGCUGGAGAUGGCCAUCGAGGCGGGAGCGGAAGACGUCCAGGAAACUGAGGAUGAGGAGGAGAAGCUCCAGCUGAAGUUCAUCUGCACUACGUCCGACCUGAACAAGGUCCGGGGUUCACUGGAGGGACUGGGAUUACAGAUCACAUCUGCAGGUUUGGAGUUCGUUCCCCGCAAUCACUCUUCUCUGGAUCAGGAGCAGCUGGAAGCCGCCUCCACUCUCAUAGAGGCCCUCACUGACUGUCCAGAUGUAGUGAGAGUUUGGGACAACAUCCAGGCCGACAGCUGAGACGUUCGGGGGGUGGGGGGGGGACACACACCGCAUAUUUGGAAUACCUCAAGCAUUUGCCAUCUGAUACCCUUUCAAAAGAGUGUUGUGGUGAAAGCUAUGCAUGUUGUCACAGAGAAGAGACAUUUUAAGGAGGCAGUUUUGGAUGCUUUAUGUGUGGGGGAAACAUUAAAAAGAAUUAAACUGUG